GAUUUCCACCUAGUAGGACCUGCAACCUGGUUGGAAUAAUCUGGACUUUGUAAUUCAUUAAAUUGUCAGUAAUGGGGUGGACACAGUUCUUCUCUUGUAACUUUUUGUUUUGUUUAAAGGAUUUCAAGAUAGGGUACACCUGAAGAGUGCUUGGAAAAAGCUAAGACACCUGUUAACUUGAGUCAAGCUGGAAUUCUUGUGAAAAGUUAAGCAUUUUCUUCCUGGCUGCUGGGAGAAGAUUCUGCUUUCAGUUGUCAGAGAUGGUGAUUUGAAGAAUCAUACUUCCAAUAUGAGCAAAGCAAAAGCAUCAUCUGAAAAAAGUGUUUCUGCCAGUUCUCGGACUAUAUCCCUGCUGUCACAGCUGGAGAAGAUAAAUUUGGACCCUGUGUUAGGAGAAUCAGACAGUGCCAGACAUGUUACCUCAAAGAUCCUUCAUCUGGUCCAGAGUCAAGAAAAAACCAGGAAGGAGAUGACUUCUAAGGGCUCCACUGGAAUAGAAAUUAUCCUGUCAACCCUAGAGAAUACAAGAGAUCCUCAAACUGUUGUAAAUAUAUUGAAUAUUCUCAUUGAGAUAGUCUCAAUUGGUGGUGGUCGGAGAGCAAGUGUCUUAGUUACCAAAGGAGGGACACAGAUCUUGUUACAGCUGCUUUUGAGUGCCAGCAAAGACUCUCCACCGAAUGAAGAACUAAUGGUGCUUCUUCAUACUCUCCUUGCAAAAAUUGGUCCAAAAGACAGGAAGAUUGGCGUGAAAGCAAGAAUAAAUGGGGUCCUAAACAUAUCAUUGAAUUUAGUGAAGCAUAAUUUGCAGAACCACAGACUAGUAUUGCCAUGUCUUCAAGUAUUAAGAGUUUAUUCAACCAACUCUGUAAAUGCAGUAUCUCUGGGAAAGAAUGGAGUAGUAGAACUGAUGUUUAAGAUUAUUGGCCCUUUUAGUAAAAGGAACACUAGCCUUAUGAAGGUUGCUUUAGACACACUUGCUGCAUUGCUAAAAUCAAAAACAAAUGCCAGGAGAGCAGUAGACAGAGGAUAUGUGCAGGCCCUUCUAACCAUUUAUGUUGAUUGGCAUCGUCACGACAGUCGACACAGAUACAUGCUGAUACGUAAAGGAGUGUUACAGUGCAUUAAAAGUAUUACAAACAUCAAACUGGGAAGAAAAGCAUUUAUUGAUGCCAAUGGGAUGAAAAUUCUUUACAACACUUCACAGGAGUGCCUUGCCGUAAGAACUCUUGAUCCUCUCGUCAAUACAUCCAGCUUAAUAAUGAGAAAAUGUUUUCCCAAAAAUCGUCUUCCGUUACCAACUAUUAAAAGUACUUUCCAUUUCCAACUCCCAGUUAUUCCUGCCAGUGGUCCUGUGGCUCAGCUAUACAAUUUGCCUCCUGAUGUGGAUGAUGUAGUAGAUGAAAGUGAUGAUAACGAUGAUGCUGAAACAGAAUCAGAAAUUGAAACUGAAAUUGAUGAUGACAAGGACCAACAUUUUAAGAAUGAUGAUAUUGAGACUGAUAUUAAUAAACUGAAACCUAGACAGGAGCUGGGAAGAUCUAUAGAAGAACUGAAAAUGUAUGAGCAAUUUUUCCCAGAACUUUCAGAAAACUUUCAGGAAUGGGACUUAGUUUCCAAGGAACCAAAGCCUUUUGUACCUGAUGCAAAUUUGAGUGGACCUAUUGUUGUUCCUACAGCCAGUGAGGAGCACUCUGCUGUAGCAAACCCAUCAACAAAAGGAGUUGCUUUAAAGGAGUGCAGUCCUUUAUUGACAGAGGAAUGCAAUAGAAGGCCAGUGUUUCUGGAACUACCAAAGAAAGAUAGCGUGAAAGGUGGUAGUUUACAUCAGCAAAAUGAUCAAAGAAACAUGCUUCCAUCAUCCCAGUGUCUAAGCCAAGAAAUUGUGAAAGGCUUGGACAGAAUCAGUCUCCAGAACAGUGCAAAAAAUGAUCAAUAUUCUGGUACAGGGUGUGUAAUAGAGAAGGAAAACAAAGCUGGCAUUACCACACUUGCUUCUAGUAAACCUUGUGAGCACGUUUCACCCUGUGGAGGUAGUCUCUUUGAAGGAUCAUCUGUCCAGCUGGGAAAACUCUGCUGCACUGGAGUGGAUUCAGAGGAGGAGGAGGAUUCCAGAUCUAGUUCAUCAGGAGAACAUGCUGCGCUUCAAGUUUCUGAUGUAUCACCAGUUCAUGACUGUGAUCUUUAUCUUGAAAUGGUGAAGAACACAAAAUCUAUUCCGGAAUACUCAGAAGUGGCCUAUCCAGAUUAUUUUGGACAUAUUCCACCCCCAUUUAAGGAACCUAUUCUGGAACGGCGAUAUGGAGUGCAGAGGACAAAAAUCUGUCAAGAUAUUGAAAGGCUGAUUCAUCAAAAUGACAUUAUAGAUAAAGUUGUGUAUGACCUUGAUAAUUCAAGCUUUUCUGUACCAGAGGAGGCAGAUGUUCUGAAGUUUAAUUCCAAGUUUGAAUCUGGAAACCUGCGCAAAGUUAUUCAGAUCAGAAAAAAUGAAUAUGAUCUAAUUCUGAACUCAGAUAUAAACAGCAAUCAUUAUCAUCAGUGGUUCUACUUUGAAGUCAGUGGAAUGAAAACUGGCAUUGGUUACCGGUUUAACAUCAUCAACUGUGAAAAGUCAAACAGUCAGUUCAACUAUGGUAUGCAGCCCCUCAUGUAUUCUGUCCAGGAAGCACUGCGUUGUCGACCGUGUUGGACUCGUGUUGGGACAGAUAUUUGUUACUACAAGAAUCACUUUUCAAGAAGUUCAAUUGCUGCUGGAGGCCAGAAAGGAAAAUCCUAUUACACAAUUACAUUCACUGUGACUUUCCAACACAAAGAAGAUGUGUGCUACUUUGCUUACCAUUAUCCAUAUACAUACUCAACUUUAAAGAUGCAUCUUAGGAAGCUGGAAUCUAUGCACAACCCUCAACAGAUAUAUUUUCGUCAUGAUGUUCUCUGUAAGACCCUGGCUGGCAACAGCUGUCCAUUAGUCACUAUUACAGCCAUGCCAGAGUCCAAUUACUAUGAACAUAUCUAUCAGUUCAGGAAUCGUCCUUAUAUAUUCCUGUCUGCUCGUGUGCAUCCUGGAGAGACUAAUGCAAGCUGGGUUAUGAAGGGAACACUGGAAUACCUUAUGAGCAAUAGUCCAAAUGCACAGUCUUUACGGGAAUCUUAUAUUUUCAAAAUUAUUCCCAUGCUCAAUCCAGAUGGUGUCAUCAAUGGAAACCACCGUUGCUCUUUAAGUGGAGAAGAUUUAAACAGACAGUGGCAAAAUCCAAAUCCAGAUCUGCAUCCCACUAUUUACCAUGCUAAAGGGUUACUGCAAUAUCUGGCUGCUAUAAAACGUUUGCCUUUGGUCUACUGUGAUUAUCAUGGUCAUUCUCGUAAAAAGAAUGUAUUUAUGUAUGGCUGCAGCAUCAAAGAGACAAUGUGGCAUACAAGUGUUAAUGCUGCCUCUUGUGACCUGAUGGAAGACCCUGCUUACAGGGCACUCCCCAAGAUCUUGAGUCACACUGCCCCUGCAUUCUGCAUGGGUAGCUGCAGCUUUGUAGUGGAAAAGUCCAAGGAAUCUACAGCACGAGUUGUUGUCUGGAGAGAGAUAGGAGUACAAAGGAGCUACACAAUGGAAAGCACAUUAUGUGGAUGUGACCAGGGCAAGUAUAAAACAUGGACCCGCACAGCUUUAGCAGUGUUGCUGCAGGAAGUACUUCAGAAAAGUGAAUUGAAGAUGCUUUGUGGACAAACUUUCAAGAUGCUUAAACCUCCAAAGCUGUUCUUCAGUAAGGAAAGAGAAAAUGGCUGAAUUUUGUGGAAGAGUCAUUUACUCAAGGGAAGAGCAUUCCUUUAUGUAUGUAAACUAACUGAUGAGACUAAAUUACUCUUCUGCCAUUCAUUUUAUGGAGUGAAGCAAUUUGUGAGCACUUAGUCAUCUUCUGAAUAUACAGGAAGAUUCUUAAUUUUUUCUCACUAUGAUAAUGCUCAGACUUAUUAAGAAAAUAUAUCUAAAAAGUCAAGGUGACUGUACUUAUCAAAGAGCUGCAUUUCUGCAGUGAGCAGAUGAAAAAGAUGAAAAGGCUUAAGCCCAAGGUUUUUGUGGGCGCUUUUGUUGUGUUUGGUUUUUUUUAGAUUUAUUUGGUUUAUUUGAGAUUUAUUUUGUGGAAGGAGUAGGACCAGUAAGUCUGUCAAUACAUUUACAGUAUAAAUUAGAUUACAUAUGUCAAAAUAUGUUAUUUCAAAACAGAGAGAAGUUGAACUAUAGAAAUUCCCUUCCCUCCUAAUUCCCAUCCUAAAGGACAUGAGAGUUCAGAUCUGAGGGAUUGAAACAUAAAGGUCUGAAAUGCUUUGCUAGUCUUAUUGUGGUUUAGCAUCCUUGCUGAAUUUUGUUCAAAGCAUGAAAAAGAUUACUUAACAAUUUGGUUCUUUGUGGAAGAAAUACUGAGUCUUUGCCAAGAUGAACAUAAUUUUUCUUGUUAUUCUAAUUUAUUUUAUUUGGACAAUGAUGAAUCUAGACUAUUUCCGGCCAGGAAGCUGUUGAGCGGAAGUUAGCGAGUCUUACCUCUAUUUAGGAUCUCUGGUGUUAGAGUUGUCUCUGGAAGCAAAGUUUUUUCAGCUGAUCAUAUGGAAUCUUUGUAGUCUGCUGACAGUAAGUGCUGCAAAUAUAGGUCAGUCGUCUGUGAUUCAGAAUAUGGAAAAACAAACUUUCAGGCGAAAUAAUUCUCCAGGAUCUACUAUGGAGCAUAAUGUAGAUGCCAGACAAAAUAACAAUGUCUUCAAUGAUUCAAGCCACUUUGCUGAUUGAAGAUUAAUACAUUAGAAAGUAUUGCUUGACUUUUAAGUAAUUGAAAAGGUUUUGUUAUCUGGCAGUCUUACAACGCUCAUAAAGAGAACACUUCAGGAAAUAAGGAUUUGGUUAACAAAUCUCUCAGUAACUAAGAUUUUUCAGUCUUUAGAAUUUGAGUUCUCAGAAAUGAUUAUGUCUUUGUAACCUCUGCUGAAUAAGAAAUCAGAAGAUCUACAUGAUAUUUUACUGACCAGUUGACUUCUACAAAUCUUUAUAUGUCUGUUUUCCUUUUACUAAGUAGGUAUUAUAGGAAUAUUCUUCUCCAUUGAGGUCACAGUCUGCUGUGCCUUUGUUUUUUGUCUUUUCUUUCAAGUGGCAAAAUUUAAUCACUGAGAUACUCUAUUGAUAUAAAGGUACCUUCAUGACAUGCUUAGUAAGGAAGACUUCAACCCUCCAUCUAAAAUUUUACUGUCUAGAAGAAAGAUAGUUGUAUAAGAUGUAGAGAAAAAAGAAAUUAAAUUUAGUUUAAAAAAAAGAAGCUACGAUGAGGUGGCUUGAGCUUAAAAGCAAUGCCUGUAGCACAUAAGUAGCUUAGCCUCAGUUAAAGGUACUAGAACAACAGUUGAAGAUCAGUAGAAGAUAAAGAAAACAGUGCAAUUAAGGCUUCAGUGAAAAUGAAGUUGACCUCAGGUCCCUUAGUAAGGGCACAAUUGAUGGUGGUGAUGGUGACUUCCAGAACCAGACUUUGGAUCUUGUUUCAGGGAAGUGAAGAGGUUUGGCUGAUGGAAGAAUCAAUUAGGAAAUUUGAUAUUUGGCAUUUGUGUAAUAUUACAUUCUCCCUUAUGAUUAAAAGAAAUGAUGGAAGCAAAGGAAGAUUUGGCAUCAGGCUUUUAGCACAAUUAUGUAGACCCUUCAGUGUAGUAAGUUCAAAAUUUAUCCUUCAGGUGUUUCCCAGUUAUCCACCUCCAAUCUGCUCCAUUUAGGUUUCUCUUUAGCUACAUCCUCUUUCUGCUGUGCUAAAAAUAGCAGCCACACAACAUGCACAUGCUAUUUAUCUUUAUAACAAUUGUCUUUGCACUUUUCUUCUUGCUGUACUCUUGUCCUUUUUCAACUUAGAGACACUCUGUUAGACAUACCUUGUCUAUAAGGAACCUGCCAACUAACGAUAAAUUCUUCAGCAACAAAUGCAGAUGAUAACUGGAAAAGUUUCUGAACCAUCAAGUCGUGCACAUUAGUAACCUGUGUAACAGUGAGAUUACUGUUACCUUUCCCCUUCCUCUUCUAAAUACUUUGUUGCCUCUUGACCUUAAUGU